CGAGGGACAGUGGAUUAUUGUUUUCUGUUUUUUAGCUGUAGCAGGCAUUAGGCGGACAGGACAGUUUUACAACAUUUCGUGGAUAUAUGUUACAUGAGAAUACCUACAUGUCACUGUUCCCGGACUCAGUCGUCUCUUUUGCGUUUCACAACAGUUUCACGUAAGGGACGUUGCAUGUACGACUUGUUUUUUUUUUUUUUUUUUAACCAGUAAAAAAAAAUACUGCAGAUUUUUUUCCGAACAAUUUCAAGUGCUGUUUUGCACUCCAGCACCAUUCCGAAGCUGUGAAGCAAUUUUUUUUUAGGAUCAGCAGGGAGUUUGGUGUCAGUAAGCAGCAGUGCAGAGGAAGACAUGACGGCUGCCUCCUCCUCCGUCCGUCAGUGAACGUGUUUAACAUUCAUCUACUUUGUCUUGAUCAGAGAUCUUGACGAAAUGAAUUUCUUGCGUAAUCGUCUCGUUGUUCUGGGCCUGGUGUUGCUGGCCACAGUGCUGCUGUACCUGCUGCUGCCAUCCAUUCGCCAGGGCAGCAUGGAGCCGUCUCUUGAAGUUCAGCGAAUGGGGCUGGUGGCUGCCUCCCCUCCCCCACCCCCAACUGUCAACGUGUCUGUUCGCACAGGACAGCUACCCGGGGACCCUCCGCUGUUCUUCCGAGAAGCUUUACCUAUCGACGGAGCUGGACGGCAGAUACUGCCCAGGCUGCAGGUAGUCCUUUUGCACGGCCAGGCGUUCACAUCUAAAACCUGGGAAGAACUGGGCACCCUUGCCUUGCUAGCAGCUAAUGGAUAUCAGGCUUUGGCUAUGGACCUGCCAGGAUUUGGGAACUCCCCUGACUCAGAUGCCCUGAAGACCGAUCAGAAUCGGGUGGACCUCCUUCAGAGGUUCAUGGAGGCCCUUGGUGUCAGGACACCUGUGCUUUUGAGUCCCUCCAUGAGCGGGCACUACUCCAUACCGUUCCUCAUGAAGCACAGCGCUCAGCUGCAUGGCUUCAUCUCCAUAGCUCCAGUUGGAACUCGAAGUUACACUCCACAACAAUACCAAAAUGUCCAGACUCCCACUCUGAUUGUGUUUGGAGCGCUGGACACGAAUCUGGGCGCCCAGUCCCACAAGAACCUCAUACAGCUUCCACAUCACUCAGUGCUGAAGUUGGAGGGGGCUCGCCAUGCAUGCUACAUGGACAAACCCAGAGAGUUUCACCUAGCGCUCAUUGACUUUCUUAGCAAACUGAAGUGAAAUGUGUAGCAGAGGAAUCAUAGAACACUAUUUAGGAGAGAGAUGGAGGAAAGCAUCCUCUUAUGAAGUGGUUUUGUCGCGACAGCCGUGUUAUAUUUAGAGAAGGAAGAUGAAUAAUUCUCAUCACCUGAAGCAAGCAUGAAGGUUGUUUUUAACUGAUGGAAAAUGACAGGAAAAGUCUUUCUUGUUGAUGUGAUUAUGGUGCACAUUACCCCAGUUAGCCAUAAUUUAACUCCCCCUUUCCCCCUCCAUCACAUCAGCUAUAAAUACCAACAUGAGACUAGUGUAGCUCAGCCUGUUAUAAAAAAAAAAAAAAAAAAAAAAAAGCUUCAGACUUGUAGUGGUGAGUUUCAUUUCAUGAGUUUUAUAUCUCUGUUUGCAUGUGGAAACAUGGAAUAUCUUUGCUCCAUUGUUACCAUUUUUGUUGGUGACAUAGGUUACUGUAAAUAUGCAAACAUAGCUCGUGUUUGUGUUUUCAAUAGCUUCAGAUCUUAUGUUAGCUUCACAUUUGACCAAUGGAUUUAUAUAUUGCAAAAGCAAACAACUGACAUUAUUCCCUGCCGUGUUGAAAAAUGUGUAAAAGAGUAUGGACGAUAUUGAAAUUAAGAAGAUGACAGCUAUUUAUUUAUAAUGAUGAGGUUCUAUGUAAUAUAUUUGCAAUAAGUUUGUUUGGACAAUCAUGUAUAAAAACAAACUUAAAAUGAGUCAUGUGCAUAGCUUACAAUAAAAAACAAACGUGG